AUGAAAUCACCGAUAUAUUUUACACCAUCACCAAUAACAAACGAUGAAAUAGCUGGGGCGGAAAAAAUUCGAGAAAUAGUUGAUGAUAUUCCGGAUUUAUUUAAUACAACAUUUUAUUUGGCACGUUGGUGGCGUGCAUAUAAUGGUGAUUUAGAUCGUAUAAAACAAAAUAUGAAAGAUUUAUUUGAUCAUCGUCGAGCACUUGGAUAUGAUCGUAUCGAAACACAUUUGUUACAAACAAAACUAGAAUUUGCUGGAAAAACAUUUGAACGUUUUUGCAUCUCAAAAAUAGCGCUACAUCGAAAGAUGAAUAAUGUUUGUGUAUUUUUUCAACGAAUGAUUACAAAUGAUAUCGAUGAAAUAACUAAAGUGGUACCAUUCAGUUAUGUUCUUCAUUCGUAUUACAUAAUGCAAGAAGCAUUUACUCGAGCUCAAUUAGAGGUAGAAAAAGCAACAGGUAAACCAGCAGCUGUUGUUAGCAUUCUUGACCUUUCGGGAAUAAAUACGGCAGCAUUAUUGAAUCCGCUAAGUGUUUCGGCGCAAUUUGUACGAUUAAUUGUGAAAAUAUGGGCGGAUUAUUUUGUUGAAACGGUAAAAAUUUUUUGUAAAACAUUUUGUACUAUUAAUUAA